AGAUAUCUGGUGUGGUACCUGGAAGCUACAAACUUCAAAAAACUUGGUCCCCAUAAUGCGGUAUAAUGCGGUGGCCUUGCGCCCUUCCGCCCCUCUUCCCACCCCUUCCCAACCCUUCCCAACACCCUUCCAACCCUUCAAAAUACUCGUUAAACGGCCAUCCCGGCGCUAGAGUCCUGCACCUCUUGCACCUCCUGCACCUCUCCUCCCCCAAAACCUCACCACCACCCACCUACCCACCUCCCCCAAUCUCAAAUAUGCAGCCCUACGGACCAAAACGGACAUUCAUAGGUUAGGGAUGACGAAGGGGGGGCCAUCUUACCCGUUGCCUCCUAGUCCUAGUCACUGCGAGUUAGGAGUACUUCGGCGGGUUUAUAUCCUGCCAGUACCUACCUCGGAGCCAGCAGCAAGCACCCUUGGUCGUUAUUUAACAUUACAAUUACACUACAUUACACAUCAUCCCCGGCAUUCCUCACAGAAACCAAAUAUUUUUUCUCUGAUAUAUCUGUCGUUGCUGGUCGAUCACCGCCAGCAGCUGUCCUAAUCUUUAUCCCGGACGUCGUAUCUCAUCAUCUUUUCAUUCAUAUUCCUCGUCCUAUCUACUACAUCAUCGUUGUUUUGUGUUCACCGUGUGCCCGGUUCCGUGAGAUAACUACCCAAGCCCCCCUAUCCCCCCGCCGUCCACAACUGGUUGGCAAAUACAGGCAUGUAUCAUGGUUGGCGUUCCCGGCAAAUUCAAAGGUUGCAACACCUGCCGCACUCGCCGAGUCAAGUGUGACAAUGCUCGGCCAAAAUGCCAGAAGUGCGUCGCUUCUGGCAGGGAGUGUGGAGGUUAUGAGAGGCAGAUGAUAUUCAUCGUUGGCACGACCAACGAGCGCGGUCGGUGCAGCAGUCACCCGCACCGCUCUAUCCUGACAGCGAAGCAGAAGAUGGAGAAAGAGAAGGAAAGGGAGAGGGAAAGGGAAAGAGAGCUGUCAAGGCCGCAGGUUGAUUGGCAGAGCCAUAGUGAGGGAGAACAUUCUUCAACGCUUCCUCCGACGCCGACGCCUAUCAAUGGCACUCCAACCCCUGAGAUCUCGUGUGCUUUCUUACACUCGCCGUCUCUAUCUCUCAAUCCGUCUUUCGAAGCUGAAGGAGAGGCAUUUUCUUUGCCAGGGCUCACUCACUCUCUGCCCGAGUUUAGUGACCCGGAUUCGACUCGCGAGUUCUCUCUGCAUGCUUACUCAUUCGUACGAGAGCCGGAGGCAACGCAUCGGUCACGCCCAGCCGAUGGAGAUGUUAAUCCACGAGCGAGAAAGAAGGCCCAUCUAGAAGUUGACACAUACUCGACAUCAAGAAAUGGCCACGCCGAGCCUGUAACGACCCUCCUCUUUGUCUAUAACUCAACAGGAGCACCCGCUGGAGAGGCCGGUCCUUUCCACUGCCUCCACGGUGGCACCUCAUCCGAGAUAAAAUCCCGCGACCCCUCAUCCUUCCAAAAAUUCCCCGCCCACCAAUUCUUCGCAAACCUCUACAGACCCUUCGCCUGCUUCGACGCAAUGUCCCGCCGCCAAGCCACCUUCCUCGCCCGCCCCGAAUGGUGCGCCGCGCCCUGGGAAGACAUCCCCAAAACCGCCAUGGACCGCCUCCUCGACAUCCAAGUCAUGCUCCCCGGCAUCUUCGAGCGCGCUAGACGCACAGAGGCGUUCCCUCCCUCCGCUUACAGGAGGUUAAAAGCUAAAGACCUGCUUGACAACUGCACCCGCCUCGAUAAGAGUUUCGAGGAGUGGUACAGCGAUUUAAAAUCCCAGUCCGACGGCCCACUCUACUGGACCGUCGACGCCGCACACUCCUUCAACCCGAAACACCGCAACGAGCUCAACGCCCUCUUCCCCACCGCCCUCGAGUUCAUCGACAUCAACACCGCCCUCCUCCACCUUAACUACUGGGCCGCCCUCUGCCUCUUCUACCAAACCAUCCAGCAAGUCCAGCAGAACUGCAUGGAAGUCGCCCCCUCCCCCCCCGCACGCUCAUCCUACACCCCUCCCGUGCCCGCACACUCUACCUACUCCCCGCCCAGCACGCGUGCGUUCGCGGAGGCGGGGGGGUACAUGGGGUCUAGCCCUUCGUACUCUACGCCCUCCCCGCACGCAUCCGUUUCCCCGGCGGCGGAUUUGUAUAACCCCGCGCCGUAUGAACAGAGUACCUAUGCUGCUCAACAGGCCUACCCGACUUACCAGCGAAACGGCGCGUAUCAGGCAGCGCAGACAUACACGACUACUUCAUCACUCUCAUCCACCUACCCCGCGACCGCGCACCCGAAUCUGGGGUAUACACUCCCCACGCCAACACCGCUUUACCCAACGAAUCCCUACGACCUCUCUGAGCCCUUCCUCUUCACCACCACCCCGCCUGACGUGUAUCAAAACCCGUCCUCCCUCGCGUCGCUUAACCCGUCGGUGGCGGCGGGUUCAUUCCCUUUCUACCUCGCCCCUCACUCCCUGUCCUCCCCGCAACAACACCCACCACACCAGACACACCAACGCGUGCCCUCACCCACCCCACCACCACUAGACCAGAAAUUCUCGGCCCAAGCAACAGGGGAGCUAGCGAGGAGGAUUGGGAUGGGAAUUCUUUAUGUGCUACGCAGGGGGGGCGCGGGGGAAGGGGUGGCCUGGCCGCUGAGGUGUGUGGGGGAGGUGUUUGGGGGGGAGGGGUGGGUUGAGGGGGUGCGGUGGUGUGGGGAGGUUGGGAGGGUUGUUAGGGGGAUGGGGUUGGAGAGGGGGGUGGGUGGGUUGGAGAGGGAGAGGUGGAGGGUUGUUGGGGGGGAGGAGGAGGGGGAGGAGUAG